UUUCAAUCGGUAUUUCAAAAUGUGAUGUUGUGGUACUUUUGUUGGCCAUAACUAUAUUUGUGUAUUUGUAUCUCAAGCGAAUCUAUUCAUAUUGGGAUCGAAUGGGAUUUAAAACACUUCCGGGCACCGUUUAUUUAUUUGGACACAUUAAAUCGAAUUUGAUGGGAAAAGAAAUGAUGGCAAUUAUCGUGAAAAGAUUAUACGAAAAAACCAGUGAACCGUUUAUUGGAUUCUAUGCAUUAAUGCGUCCAAUACUACUAAUACGUGAUCCUGAAUUGAUUCGACAUAUUUUAAUAAAAGAUUUUUCGCACUUCCAAGACCGCGGUGUAUACGUUAACGAAAAAGAUGAUCCAUUGUCUGGUCAUUUAGUGGCUAUGGCUGGCGAAAAAUGGAAAGGACUACGCGCAAAACUUACACCAACAUUUACGUCCGGAAAAUUGAAAGGAAUGUUUUCAACAUUGGUGGCAUGUGGAUCGAAUUUACAAAAUUAUUUGGAAAAAUUGGCCGAAAAAAGUGAAUUACUUGAUGUACAAGAAAUUGCAGCCAGUCACGCAACGAAUGUUAUUGCAUCCGUUAGUUUUGGCAUUGAUGUUGAUGCAAUUACAGAUCCGAAUACGGAUUUUCGAAAAUACGGUCGCAAGAUGUUUUCUCCAAAUAUUCAAAAUUCACUUCGACUCAUUUUAUUGACUUGUGCACCGAAGUUAAUGAAAUUUUUGCAUAUCAAAUGCGUUAGCGCCGAUGUGGAGAAUUUUGUUUUAUCGAUUGUUAAACAAAAUUUGGAAUAUCGUGAAAUGAAUAAUGUGACACGUAAUGAUUUCUUUCAAUUGCUUAUCCAAUUACGAAACACGGGAUCGGUGGAAUCAGACGGGCAUGACAGUACAAUAAAAUCGAAUGAAAAUCAAAAGACGCUUACUGUGAACGAAAUGGCAGCCCAGUCUUACAUUUUUUUUGCCGCAGGCUUUGAGACAUCGUCAAGCACACUUGCAUUCUGUUUGUUUGAAUUGGCAAGAAAUCCGGAGAUUCAGAACCGUGUUUUCGAUGAAAUUAGCCGAGUGCUAGAAGAUCAUGGCGGAGAAAUUACAUACGAUGCA